AUGUGUCGCCAUGCCUGGCAUGUGGAAGGGGAAGUAACACCAGGACUAUCUCAAGUGGAAUAUGCACUUCGAAGACACAAACUAAUGUCUCUGAUCCAUAAGGAAACCCAAGGACAGAGUGGAACAGACCACACAGUGGUUGUGCUUUCCAGCCCUACAUACUACAUGAGCAAUGAUAUCCCCUACACUUUCCACCAAGACAACAACUUCCUGUACUUGUGCGGAUUCCAAGAGCCUGAUAGCAUUCUGGUCCUUCAGAGCCUCCCUGGCAAGCAGUUACCAUGCCAUAAGGCCAUGCUUUUUGUUCCUGGGAGAGACCCCAGUCGAGAACUUUGGGAUGGUCCACGAUCUGGCACAGAUGGAACAAUAGCCCUAACUGGAGUGGACGAAGCUUACACACGAGAAGAAUUUCAACACCUACUGCCAAAACUGAAAGCUGAGAACAACACUGUUUGGUAUGAUUGGAUGAAGCCUUCUCAUGCACAGCUCCAUGCUGACUACAUGCAGCAUCUAACUGAGGCCAAAUCCAGGAGUAAGAAUAAGGUUCGGGGUGUCCAGCAGCUAAUACAGCGCCUCCGGCUCAUCAAAUCUCCUGCAGAAAUUAAGAGAAUGCAGAUUGCUGGGAAGUUGACUUCACAGGCUUUCAUAGAGACCAUGUUUGCCAGCAAAGCCCCUGUGGAGGAAGCCUUUCUUUAUGCUAAGUUUGAAUAUGAAUGCCGGACUCGAGGCGCAGACAUCCUAGCCUACCCACCUGUGGUUGCUGGUGGUAAUCGCUCAAACACUUUGCAUUACGUGAAAAAUAAUCAACUCAUCAAGGAUGGUGAAAUGGUGCUUCUGGAUGGAGGUUGUGAGUCUUCCUGCUAUGUAAGUGACAUCACACGCACCUGGCCUGUCAAUGGCAGGUUGCUCGAAAAUACUGCCCUCACCAUGUUGGCCAUUACCUUGGGAUGGAUGUGCAUGACACUCCAGAUAUGCCCCGUUCCCUCCCACUGA